GGCGCGGUCCGCAGUUGUGUACCACGCCCCGUCGGUUUCACGGCAGCAGCCUGCAAAUCGCACCCGUGGCUCGGUUCAUCGCGACCAGAGCAGCAGACAACCCAAACAGGUCAGCGACACCGGCGACGCAGCAAUAACCCACUCCCGGCGAGGCCAACCACAAAAUUGACCCUCCAAUGGCGUGCGCGUGCUCCCCCGAACCCCGGCUCAUCGCAAGCGCGUGAUUCAUUCCGCGCAACCUCCAUUUCCAUUCCACGGCGUUGGAGGAGGAGGAGAGCACCGAGGUUGAGUUCCUUGCCGCCGUUCCGUGGGUGAUUCUCGGAGCCCGAGUUGCCGAGGUGCGGGUCCGGUUCGUCUUCUCCCUGGGGCCUCUUCUCCAGGUUGAGCCACAGUAAGUUGAAGACAUCAUGUUCCGUAGGAAGCACGCUUCUCAUUUCAAUUCAGAUGAUGCUGAGCAGCGACAAGCAAAGAUCAACGAACUGAGAGCUGCACUUGGGUCUAUGUCUGCCCGUGGCGAGAAGUACUGCAGUGAAGCAUGCUUGGCAAGGUAUCUCGAAGCACGCAACUGGAAUAUUGACAAGUCUAGGAAAAUGUUGGAAGAAAGUCUCAAGUGGAGGGCAGUUAGCAGGCCUGAGGACAUUCGCUGGCCUGAUGUUUCUGUGGAAGCAGAAACAGGUAAAAUGUACAGGGCAACUUUCACCGAUAGAGAAGGGAGAACUGUCGUUAUUAUGAGACCUGCAAAGCAGAAUACAUCGUCUCAUGAAGGGCAGUUGCGGUAUCUUAUAUAUACCCUGGAGAAUGCAGUUCUCAGCCUGCCUCAGGGUCUAGACAAAAUGGUGUGGUUGAUAGACUUCACAGGAUGGACACUGGCCAAUGCAACCCCCAUAAAGACGGCCAGAGACAGUGCAAAUAUCCUGCAAAACCAUUACCCUGAGAGGCUUUCUGUUGCGUUUUUGUUCAACCCCCCCAAAGUAUUCGAGGCUUUCUUUAAGGUUGUAAAAGUGUUCCUUGACCCGAAAUCGAUCCAGAAAGUCAACUUUGUGUACAAGGACAAGGAGGAAAGCAUGAAGACAAUGUACAAGCACAUUGACCCAGAAGUCCUUCCGGUGGAGUUUGGAGGGAAGAACAUUGUGGUGUACAACCAUGAGGAUUACUCUAAGUUGAUGACAAAGGAUGACAUCAAAACAACAACCUUUUGGGCGGCAGAUGGUAGCCAUGCCGUAAACGGGGGCUCGGUGCCUCAGGUUAUACCGCAGUCGUCGCCAAUCGUUGCUAAAGCAAGUUGAGGAACAUCUCGACGAGCCAUCUCACCUGCUAUUGCAAAAGUAAACCGAGGAGCUUCAGCGAGCCAAUGUGACGGUUCACAGCUCUAAAAGAGGAAUAUAUCGAUACCUUGAGGAUGUUUGGAUAAAUAAAUGUAACUGCAAAAUAUCUCGCUUGUGAUGUUACAAAAAUAGUUAUUACUAGUAUAUCCCCAAACAAGUGGUCUCACAACAGUUCCAUAUUCCCUUGGCCAACAAUUUGAAACACUAAAGAAUAAUUCACCUAUUA